AUGACUACGAUAUCAAUCGAUCAAAUUCAAAAUGGCUAUCCCGGACUUGCGAAGUUCAUGGGAGGGAAUCUAGACCAGGGCCUUGGAAUCUUCAAGCAAUUCGCCGAACUCAACACACGCAGCCUGCUGUACAUGCAGGCUGAGCUCCUUUGCUUACAGCAAGAGCUCGAUGUUAUCACUCAUGUGGACGAGCAUGGAACGGAUCCCAGUACAAAGAACUUUGCUAGGAGUGUAUGGGAGAUGAAGAGGCCACCGAACAAACCUCAGUGGGAAAAGGUCUUAGAGAUUAGAAGGAAGUUGAAAGACUACAGUGUGGCUCCUCCCAUACCCCAAAUCGUAAGACUGGGUACUGACACGGCUGACGAUGACUGCCUACUCCAGCAAGCCAGCAUCGCAAAACUGGAUCGCGCCAACAAGAACGACCAGAAAUGGCUCAGGGUCUGGCUGCAACACGACGAAGGAGGCAAAAGCUUCCUCGAAGGCUGCGAAUAUCGAGCGUACGACGAGGUAGAGCGACCGGAUUUGAUCUCCAUCUCCAGUAGACCCUCCGACGAUAGAUUCACGCGAUGGCUAGAAAUGAGCUUGAUACCCCAUCUUCCAACUCGCCUACGGAAAAGGAUUCUAGAGCCGAUGGCGGGAUCAGAGGAGACGGGUAUAGGCCGCGUCAAGCUAGAAGUCCUCCACCGAUUCGCUCGAGCGCUUAAUGUGGUACUUUCUGCAAUCAUACCGUCGACCGCCAUCGUCGCACUGUAUAUGAUCAACAAUCUUCCAUAUAGAAUCGCGGCCGUUGCAGCCUUCUCCGGUGUAUUCGCAUCUGUUCUAGCCAUCUUCACGACAGCACGUCCGGUGGAGAUUUUUGCGGCUACUGCAGCGUGA